UCCACCGCCGUCGGUACGUCUCGUCCGGCUAGACCGACCAACACAGUUGCUGCUUAGAGAGCCUGUGAGCUGUUGAUAUUUUCGUUCAUUUUUGGUUAUUUUAAGAACACUUUGCUGCCAAGAAGGGAACCGUUUUGAAGUAUCAUUUUUAUUUCUGGUUACGUUUUUUUCGGUGUUUUCAUUUGCGUUAUCAUCCGCCCACGAGACCGGGACGGGCGAAAGGCUUGUCCCAAUGGCGUAAUUGGGUGACGCCUCUACGAUAUCUUAGGAUAUGGUCGUUUGGUCAGUUCCGAAAAUAGUAAUUAGGGAAGCAGCAGUACGCAAUUUGUUGAUAGCGACUUUUGUUAGAUUUCGAAUUUAUCCGCAAGCAGAAACCGGAAGCCGAAAAUAACGACCAGGAUGGCCUUGCUGAUAUUCUUGAUUGCAGCUGCCCACUGCCUUUACACCCCAUUCACCAAAGUGGAGGAAAGUUUCAAUCUGCAGGCGAUGCAUGACCUGCUCUAUCACCGGCUGAACAUAUCUGAGUAUGACCACCACGAGUUUCCAGGCGUCGUUCCGCGAACAUUCCUGGGACCACUGUUCAUCACGUUCCUGGUGACGCCUGUUGCAACGGUUCUUGAUUUUUUCGAUGUGAACAAAUUCUGGAUGCAAUAUGUCGUUCGCUUCGCCUUGGCGUCGGUUAUUGCGUUCGCAUGGGAUAAGCUACGGGUAACGAUUCUGAGGAGACUUGGUGUGACCGUAUCCGUGUGGUACAACUUGAUCACCGUUACACAGUUCCAUUUCAUGUUCUACAUGAGUCGACCACUGCCUAACAUUAUGGCCCUUCCGCUGGUGCUGCUAGCCAUCAACUAUUGGCUCACACGAAACAUCAAACUGUUCAUCGUUUGCUCGGGUGCAGCUAUCAUCAUUUUCCGGGCCGAGCUAGCCAUGCUGCUGGGGCUAUAUCUUCUCUACGAUUUGUACUACAGCCGAAUAAAACUGGAUACCGUACUAAAGGCAGCCAUUCCUGCGGGGAUCCUACUCGUCAUCCUAACGGUUGCCGUCGACAGCUUCUUCUGGCAGCGACCGAUCUGGCCGGAGGCCGAAGUAUUCUGGUUUAACACAGUGCUCAACAAGAGCUCCGAGUGGGGCACUUCGCCCUUCCUGUGGUACCUCUACUCGGCGCUGCCGCGAGCAAUGGGUUUUUCGCUGGUGUUCGUUCCAUUUGGGCUGGUGCUGGAAACGCGAAUACGAUCGUUGGUCAUCCCGGCGGUCAUGUUUGUGCUACUGUUCUCGAUGCUGCCCCACAAGGAGCUGCGCUUCAUCAUCUACGUUUUCCCACUGUUCAACGUGGCGGCGGCUUGUGCAUGCAAUAGGAUAUGGAUCAAUCGACAAAAGACAUGGAUGAACAAAAUGCUAUCAUUUGUGGCUAUCGGUCAUCUAGCUGCGAAUGCGCUGCUUACCAUGUUCCUGCUACUGGUAGCUGGUACCAACUAUCCGGGUGGGGUUGCUAUUUCAAGAUUCCAUCGGCUAGCAUCCGGAGGAACCAACGUCUCCGUCCACAUUGACAAUCUGGCGGCCCAGAGCGGUGUCUCGCGCUUCUCGCAAAUCAAUCCACAAUGGAUCUACAGCAAAGAGGAAAACCUCGUUCCGGGCGAUGAGAAGCUGCACAGCUUUGACUAUCUGCUAACGGAAGCCCGAGACAAAUACUCGGACGAGAUGCGGCUUCUCAGCCAAACGCACGAGAUUCUCGAGUUCGUCGAGUGCUUCAGCAGCAUCGGGUUGCAGUACCAGUCGGUACUGCCCGUGAAGAUCAAAACUAAGCCGUGCAUCUUCAUUAUGCAACGACGGAGCUCGGUGGGCACGGACCGAAUACGGUUGAAUUUCGACGAUAUCCUCGAGACUACCACGAUUGGAGUCAACGGCAUCCUGAGUGAUCCCGAGUUUCCACCGAUUGAAAUCGAAGGUGCCUUGGAGGGUAGAGAGAAUGAUGACGAGGAAGAGGAGGAAGUUGAUGACGAAACACCGCCCAUAGAGGAUAAAGUGGAAGAGCUGAAUGAACCCGAACAGACCGAUGAAAGCGUUGAAGAUACUGAAGCAGAAGCAGAACCAGCGGUGGAGGAAAAUAGACUUCCAAAAUUGCGAAAGAUACGACACAGGCAAUGGAAGCCAAUCCUAAAACCGACGGAGAAUCCAAAGGAACCUUCCAGGGGACGGGAGAAAAUCAAAGAAAUUCUCAAGGAGAACGCCGAUGUUCUAGACGUGGAAACAGAGCGGGAAGACCCGCAGACGGAGAAGCGUGCCAAGAUAGCUUCCUACCUGCGGAAGGCAUCUUCCUCCUCGACACUGAAGGCGGCACAGAAAAUCAUUAAGGAAGAGAAACUGAAACAAUUGGCUAGUGAUUUGAUUAUAGGCAAUAGCGAGCUAUGUAAUUCGGAGCGGAUGUCCACGCGGGAAUGUUUGAAAAAGAUAGUCGACGAACAGUACGAACCGGGGGACGAAGAAAAUGAGGAAUUCAGUUAAUAUUCCCCAAACUGACAUCUCGUUUCAGGUGAGUUAGAAAAAAAGACUUUUCCAAUGUUAUUGUUUGUAACGUUUGUUUUGACGACAAUCGAAUCCUUUUGAAGCCAUGUUUUUGUCAUGAACGACAAUAUUUUUUUGUUGAAUAAUAUUAUCCAAGCUAAUGGAAA